GAACUCUGUCACUAUCAAACCAGCAAGUAUCAACUAAAGUUCGCAAUAGACUCUAACAGAUUUACAAUGGCUUCUCUUCGUAUGCUCGUUCUUCUUCUGAUCGGAACUGUGUUGAUGUGUCAGGUCUGUGCUGAUUCGGAACUGCUGGAGGAGAUCCUGACUGCACAUAUGAAUGAAGAUAUGCCCGAAAAAAGAUGUACCAACAGAUACAAAUCGAACAUUUGCGGAAGCGUUAUUAGCCCAAGUGAUUGCAUGAGGAAGAAAUCCCGGAUGGGAAAAUUUGCAAGGAGCUACUGUAAGCAACUCUGUGGCAUGUGCUGAGGUAUGCCAGUAAGCUGACAGGACGAAGGACCAUGCACCCUGAAGGACAAACCGGACCACUGAAUUAUGGAAAACAAAAAUAAAAAUAUGAUUCAUGCACGAUUGUAUAUUAUAAUGAUUAUAAAUGAAAUAAGUCAGAAAAUAAAGCACAAAAGAACAUA